AUGAUACAAGAGAAAGAAACUUUGGGUUGGCUACAAAAAGGUUUAUCUAUAGCUAAAAAUGGUGAUAAGAACAGAGAUUGUGAUGAAUGCGCAGGUGUUAUUCUUAAUAAUCUUAGAUUAAUACAUGAAAGAAGAGAAAAUAAUGAAUUAGCUGUUUCUUUGUAUAAUAAUGCUAUAGAAUUUGCUGAAAAAGCACUAGAUUUUAUUGGUAUUAAAGAUUUUACCAGAAACUUGAAUCGUGUGCGAAUACGAGAAGAAAAUUCUGAGCAAGUUUCAAUGAAACAAUAUAAAUAA